CUUUCCUCCAUUUAUCAUUCUUUCAUAAAAAAAUGUGGACUAAGCAGAAAGACUACAGUGUAGCCUCAUUUCCGAAGCACUUUAGUCUCCAAAUGCACCUUCCCGGACUCAUCUCUCACUUUCUCAUCUUCGGUUCCGGUUUAGCCCUCGGCAUAACUCUCAGUUUCUACCUCAAGGAUUCUCCACUCAUCAAUUUCCAACACCAAAAACCACUCAUGCUCCACUCCAACAUCGCAACAGCUCCUCCUCCUCCUUUAUCAAAACCAAGGUCAUCUUUGUUUUCUUCGCCUCCUCCACUACCAUCUCUCCUAUUACCCAACCAAACUGUAGUUUCGAAUACUACUCGUAAUACCACUACUCGAAUAGGGUUGACGGAGUACUUGAAACCGCCGAAUGUGAGGCAUGAUAUGGAUGACAAGGAGUUGUUUUGGAGAGCUUCCAUGGUCCAAAAAUUGAACAAAACUCCUUUCGAUUUUACCCCGAAAAUCGCUUUCAUGUUCUUGACCAGAGGAGCCUUGGCGCUGGCUCCCUUUUGGGAUACGUUCUUUAAAGGACAUGAAGGGAUUUACUCCGUUUAUGUUCAUUCCGAUCCUUCUUUCAACGACACAGUGCCUCAAAACUCCGCCUUCUAUGAGAGAUGGAUCCCUAGUAAGAAUGUGAGAUGGGGAGAUCCCAACAUGAUGGACGCAGAGAGACGCUUAUUAGCGAAUGCCUUGCUUGACUUUUCAAACCAACGAUUUGUUCUAAUCUCCGAGUCAUGCAUUCCUCUAUUCAAUUUCUCCACAGUGUAUAACUAUCUCAUGGGCUCGACCAAGACCUUUGUAGAGGCCUACGACCUUCCUGGGGCCGUGAACCGUGGCCGCUACAACACCCGAAUGAGGCCACAAAUUAGGAUCCAGCAAUGGCGGAAGGGCUCACAGUGGUUCCAAAUGGACAGGGCCUUAGCACUCGAGGUGGUCGCCGACCAAAAAUAUUUCCCAGUCUUUAAGAGGUUCUGCCAUGGCUCAUGUUACACAGAUGAACACUACCUGCCCACAUUUGUCAGCAUCAGAUUUUGGAGGAGAAAUUCCAAUAGGACGUUGACUUGGGUUGACUGGACUAGAGGUGGACCCCAUCCAACUAGGUUUAUAAGACAAGAUGUCACUACUGACCUCUUUAACAGGUUGAGGCAUGGAGGCAAAUGCGAGUACAAUGGAAAACGCACCGACGUUUGCCAUUUGUUUGCAAGAAAAUUCUUGCCUAAUACAUUGGACAGGCUGUUGAGGUUUGCUCCAAAGCUCAUGCAAUUCAAUUGAUGUUUUUGGUAGGGUGAGAAUUUUGUCAAUUAUAUAUUAUGAUAAUUAUUAUUUUGUUUGUUCUUUCAUCAUUGGUUAUUGUCACAAAUUAUAUUUAUUUUUUUAUAUGCAUGGGACCAUUAAAAAUAUUUCCCCACAUUGUUACUAUAUUGUGAUCACAUAUUAUAUGUCUGUUAAAAAUUCCCCUUGUCAUACACAUUGAUCAGCUGGUACCUUGUUUGGAAAUUGCAAUGGGACGAUCUGUCGUGGAUGUAACUUUUACUUAUUAUUUUGAGCUAUUACAACUUAUUUACAUAUUCGGGGUACUCCCAAUAAUGCACUACACUACUACAACA